AUGACGUUGUCAAUGUCUAAAACUGAUCAUGCUCGCCAUCUACGUCUUAUGCUUGAACUUCUACGUGGUGAACGUCUGUACGCUAAAUUUUCUAAGUGUGAGUUCUGGAUAGAUGAAGUGCAGUUUCUCGGUCACAUUGUCAGUAGUCAGUGUAUUCAUGUUGACCCUUCUAAGAUUGAGGCAGUGAAGAAUUGGUGUACGCCUAAAUCUGUGUCUGAGAUACGUUCUUUUCUAGGAUUGGCGGGUCAUUACCGCCGAUUCAUCGCGGAUUUUUCUAAAAUCGCUGUUCCUCUUACUAUGCUAACCCAAAAGGAGAAACCUUUUGUUUGGGGUCCCGAACAAGAGGAAUCCUUUCUAACUCUUAAGAAUCUUUUGUGUAAUGCUCCUGCGUUAACUCUACCUGAUGGCAAUGACGAUUUUGUGGUAAAGGCUGAACACCAGCGUCCCUCUGGACUCUUAGAGCAACCUAAGAUCCCAGUCUGGAAAUGGAAUAGCAUUGCUAUGGACUUUAUUACCAAACUACCCCGUACCUCUAAAGGUCACGAUAGUAUCUGGGUGAUUAUAGAUCGCUUGACCAAAUCCGCCCACUUUCUUCCUAUUCGUGAAGAUUACAGAGUCGAGAAACUUGCUUGA